AUGGAUCAAUAUAAUUUCACUGCGGUCAACUUUUCCUUUUCAGGAGAUCUACCACAUCCUUCCUGGUAUUACAGUGGUUUAAUUCCUGCGGUGGUGCUGUGCUUCUGCUUUGUCCUGGGAGUUCCUGGAAACAUUGCUGUGAUUCUUCUCAAGUCUAAAUGGCACAAGAUUUCCAGUCUGAGCAGGAGUCUGAUGCUCAACCUCGCCAUUUCUGACCUGCUCAGUCUGCUAACCCUUCCACCACACAUUUACUCUUCGCUCUUUCAUUGGACGUUUGGCUUGGUGGCCUGCAAGUUUGUGAAUUAUCUUCUAUACUGCAGUGUUUAUGGCAGCCACUUAACUGUUACAGUGUUGGGCAUUCAGCGUUACCUACAAGUGGUCCACCAGCAGAGGUGGCAUCAAGAGCUAAAAAUAGUGCUACUGGUUCUGCUCUGGCUGGUUGCUGGAAUCCUGUCCAUCCCGGCUUUGAUAGUUCGUCAGGUGACAACAGAUCAGCAGUGGAUCGUCUGCCAACCACAGUAUUCCUCUGAGGCACAAUGGGUGGUUGUACUACUGACAGAGACGCUGUUUGGAUUUUUUUCCGGAUCGCUAGUGAUAUUUGCAUACCUUCGCCUUCAAAUGAAAAUUAAUCAAGGAGCCUUUUUCAACAAUCCACAGACAACUCGACUGGUAACCAGUAUCAUUGUAAGCAAUUUUGUUCUGUGGGCUCCAUUUAUUGUCAUAAAUGGAUUAGGUGUAAUUGCUAUUUGUGUCAAAAGCAAGGGGUUGUUAAAGUUUUGUUCAAACACAUGGGACAUUGUUAAAGCACUUACAGUUUUAAUACGGUGCCUGAAUCCUCUCUUGUAUGCCUUUCAUUCCAGACAAACUGUAAUUUCGUCUUAGAAAUCCCCAAACUCAAGCGGUCAGCAAAAUUGCUAAACCUUGGUGCCGUUGUACUCCAAAUCAGUGUUUUUGUUCUAUGUUGGUAUUUUUCUGUUUUGCUUCAAAUGUAAAAAUAUAAUACAGGGUUAUCUGUCUGUCGAUGUUUUUUAUACUAAACUAAUGCACAUGUUUUACAUGGGUGGGAAUAUGUUUGUUUCCUGCUUUAGACA